CAGUUCGUCUUUCAAUCUGAAUUCGAAUUUUCUACUCAUUGUCGUCUGCCGUCAUGUUUUCGUCUCUCUCAACAAUUCCUUCAUCGCCGUUAUUUUCUUUUGUUGCCGUCAAAGCUGCUGCUCCUCCUCUCGCUCGGCCUCUUCCUCUGCGUCAGCGUGGCGUCAGAGCUUGUUCGAAUCACGAUGCUCCGACUUCUUUGUUCGUCGACAAGUUCAAAUCUCUUGCCAAAACGGCGGUCUUCAUCGGCGCCGCCGUCUCCGUUGCCGGAAAGUUCCCUACUUUGCCGGCGAAAGCCGAGUAUCCGGUCACGACCGCCGAGGAAGCAUUGGAAGAAGAAGUGAGGAACGAUGAGAAACUGUCGGAGAACGAACCCUCGUCGCUGUUGUCGGAGCUUCUGGAUUCAAACGGCGAAGCCGUCGAGAAGCUGAGAUCACUCCUGCAGCAGAAGCUGGAGAACGGUGAGGACGAGGAGGCUCUCAAGCUCCUCGAGCGGCUUGUCGCCGCACAGCCUGAGGAGACAGAGUGGAAGUUUCUCAUGGCGAGGGUUCUGAGCGAGAUGGGCCGCUUGGAAGACGCACGCAAGGUGUUCGACGAAAUUCUCGACCGAAACCCAUUAUCGUUCGAGGCCUUGUUCGAGAACGCAUUGCUCAUGGACCGAUGCGGGGAAGGAGAAUCAGUGAUGAAAAGGCUGGAAGACGCAUUGUCAAUGGCCGAAGCUGAGAAGAAGGUGAAGGAAGCAAGGGACGUGAAGCUGAUAAUGGCGCAGAUGCAGUUCUUGCAGAAGAAGGUGGAGGAAGCCCUGAAGAGCUACGAAGAGCUGACGAAGGAGGAUCCCAAGGAUUUCAGGCCAUAUUUCUGCAGAGGUAUGAUCUACAGCUUGCUCGAUAAGAACGCAGAGGCUAAGGAACAGUUUGCUAAGUACAGAGAGCUCUCUCCCAAGAAAUUCGAGGUAGAAGGGUACUUGAGAACUCCGCUGUCGAGAAUGAAUUUGUUCGGAACCAACGAAGAAAACUAGACGACUGUCAUCCGACCGGGUAAUUCACCUACCUGGGAAUUUACGUUUUCCGGGGAAAUCCUAAAUCUUUUGCAGUGUCUUUUUACUCGUCCAUUUUGGACAAGACGAUCCGAUUUCUAGAAGUCGUUUGAUGGGCAAGUAAGAGUAAGUUAAUAAAGGAUAACAUACCGAUAAUGCCGGUGCUUCCUGA